AAUGAUGAGAAUAUCGGACUUAACAGAAUGCACCGAAUACGUAGUUGACUUAAGAGUCGUCAAUGACAAAGAAUUUAAAAGUCCAUGGAGCGAAGCUAUUAACAUCAUAACGUUACCAUCAGAUCCACAUUUUGUAUCUACAAAUUCGACAAUUUUGGAAACGUCAUUCACAAUGAAGUGGCAUGCUCUUGCAUCAUGUAACAGUGGAACCGACCUUUUAUAUCACUAUCGCCUCAACUACGUGAAAAGCAAUGACGAGUAUACAAGUGGGAACACAUCAGAUACAGAAGUAGAAAUCACAAUCAGUGAUGCUGUUGAGCCAUGUACAGAAUUUAGUUUUAACGUUUCAGUCUCAUUUAUGGGUGUAAUAGGACCAGCAAGUUCCAUAAAACUUUCAACGGACGCCGAACGCAAGUUUCCAUUGAUCUUUUUCAUAUUAAAAUACUUAAUAUUAAUAAGCUGCUGUUGUUGAAUGUAAUAUAUGUUUUAGAACAACCUAACGGGUUUUUUUUUUUCAUACAGCUAUUUAUACUUAAAUACAGUAUAUGUUAUGCUUACCUUUUCCAGUUCCGGGAGUUCCAGAGAUCAUAUCAGCAGAAUAUUUUGGUGGUAGUAUUAAUGUUGAAUGGCACCCUCCUGUAAACAUUCAAUGUCCAGUUAGCUACAGUGUUAUUUUGCAAUGUUGUGAUGAAAAAACCUUCUCCAAAGAUACAAAUGAUACACAAGUUACCUUUACGGUUGAAGAUGGAAUAUCACCAGACAAAAACUACACCGUAAAGGUAGCAGCAAUUACGAUGAAAGGCUUGGGUAAUUAUUCGGCCAUUCAAGCCGUGAAAGUGAAUGAAACACAAAAUACACAAGGGCCGAAUAAACAGAUUCAAAUUGUGAUUGGGAUUGUAGGUUCAGUGGUUGCCAUUCUUGUUUUCAUCACACUUACUUACUAUUUGAGAAGACGUCAGAAAGGGAAACAAGAAGAUCAUCAAAGCCCCAUUUUAAAAUAUCAACCUGAAGUUAACAAUGCUGCAGGGGCAGAGAAAGGUGACAACGUACGCAUCAGAACAAAUAUAAAACAACCUGUUUGUAACGAGAAUAUCGACAUCGAGCCUGUCUACGAAAAUACAGACAUACCAUCCAGAGAUAUCCCGUUAAAAGAGCUCCAUGCUUAUGUUAUGAUGAAGCGAUCUAACUCUGUGGAUUCAAUGAAAAAAGAAUUCGAGGAUCUCGGAACAAAGCAACGCCACUCGUGGGAUGUUGCUAAGCAUUCAGAUAAUAAGACGAAAAAUAGAUAUGCAAAUGUAGUAACAUAUGACAAAUCACGUGUUAUUUUGAAGUUAGACGGGAGUACAGCAGGAUCUGAUUAUAUCAACGCUUCCUAUAUCGAUGUAAUUUUAUAA